AUGAAUACUGAUCCGCUUACUGCAAAGCUUCAACCUUCUAUCCGCGCCUUCUUUCAGCCUCGCCAACCUUAUUCGAAGACAGCUAAUAGAGCUGGUCAGGAGGAAUUGCCGUAUGAACCCCCGUUAACUUCACUAGCACCAUCUAGUGCUCCUCAACACAGAGGAAUCCCUCAAUCAAGUGACUCCUCAAAUAUCCCCAAGCAAGCAAAUAUCACUCCAAUAACCCAGGCAACAAUUCAACCUUUGCGGCGGAUUAAUGCCCUGCUCCUCCCAAUCUCAUACCCAGAUUCAUUCUAUCACCAAGCGAUAUCAGGUGAUUCCUCCACCACUUUCUCUCAUGUAAUUCUCUGGUCAGAUCCGGAGCCAAAGGUGGUUGGAGGAAUAAUAUGCCGCCUAGAAGAUCCAGUGUCACACGAAUUCCGACUAACCGACGCUCUCUUGGACACCAGUAGAUGCUAUGAUAUCUACAUUCAAUCUUUGGCACUUUUGUCACCUUAUUGCGGCAAAGGACUGGCUGCAGAAGCACUAAGGAGAGUAGUUGAUGCUGCAACCUCGUAUCCUCGUUUGAGGAUUGGCAGUAUUUUCGCCCAUGUCUGGACCAACAACACUGAAGCAUUGAACUGGUAUUCAUCGCGGGGUUUCUAUCGUGAAGAGGAGGUUGUGCAUGGCUACUACCGCCGCUUAAAGCCUGACACGGCGUGGAUUGUUCGACGUCGGCUGACCCCUACUGACUAUCUUGGGGCGUCGACUUCAGCACAUAAAUCUGCAUUUGCAGCGCCACCCUCAAAAAUGCACGGUAAAAUACUACAUCCAUCCAUAUCAGCCCAUAGCUUCCAAGAUAAGGGUCCAGAUAGAGAAUGGAAUGACCUCCCAGACGAUGUACUUGACAGAUCGGGACCAAGAGUUCAAAACUUCUCAACGAUAAAGGAGACAGUUUUACAGAGCUCAGAUAGCACGGGUCGAGUUGAGGUUAUUGCCAAAGCAAAAAAGAAACGGAUAUACCCAGCAGCAGCCUUCGGAAGUUGA